AUUCAUCGCACGAAGCCUCAGCCAUCCUUGGCCAAUCGUCACGUCGACUAAUUCUCUCGGCACGAUCCAGAUCACCUUCUCAAUGAAGGAGCACUUGCGCAUCUCCUCACCGUUGAUGUCUUGGUUUCUCCGUGAGGGCGAAGCGAAUGCAUCGCAAAGAGGGAACACCGCCGCCAGAAACCCCGGAAUAAAGUGCUGAUCUUACCCGCAAUAUGUGUGCGGAGCCCCGCAUCCCAGAUCAGCUCGUGUCGUGCCUGGCGGUUCGGCGAGUAAUACCCCGGGGUAGCCUUGGCUCUGGAUAAACAGCCAGUGAAAAUUCUGGCACGAUGCAGGUGCUAUAUAACAUUGUUGCCGGGUUGUGUGAUUGUUUGGUACCUCACUUUGAGAUCUUUGUGAGCUAUCAUGGGUUUUGGUUCAGUCUCCUGCCAGUUGCUGCUGGCUGCCGCUUCCGUUUCUGCCAAAUGGAUCGUUCCAGGCGCACGAUGGAGAGCUACUGAUGGUACCCUAGUCAAUGCCCACGCUGGUGGUGUGACAGUCGACAAGGAGACUGGCAAGUUCUUCCUGUUUGGAGAAUACAAGAUUCAAGGUCAGGUCGAGGGUGGAGGCGUCAGCGUAUACAGCUCGGACGAUCUGGCAACAUGGACGCCAGAGGGCAUGGCUCUUUCACCAAUCGAGGGUCACCCAUAUAUCUCGACAGACCACAUCAUUCAGAGGCCUAAGGUCACCUUCUCCGAGCAGACCGGAAAGUACCACAUGUUCUGGCACGCCGACAACUCAACCUACGGAUGGCUUCUGCAAGGCUUUGCUCAAGCCGACAAUAUUACCGGGCCUUACUCAUUCGUCGACGCUACGCUCCCACUUGGCAACUGGUCACAAGACUAUGGUCUGUUCGUGGACCGCAAGGAUGGAAGAGCCUACGCCCUGUACUCCAACGGCGACCGUCGUGAAGGACGUGACGUCUACCUUACUUCGUACAACGACAACAUCACUGCUCUUGAAAAAGUCGUUCACCGAUGGGAUAAGUACGAUCUCGAGGCGCCUACCAUCAUCCAGACCGAUAAGAGCUACUUCGCAUUGAUGAGCCACAAGACCGGAUACAGGCCCAAUAACGUCGUUGCCUUCCGUGCUGACAAGCUUGAGGGACCUUGGUCGCAACCUUUCAUCGUCGCUCCUCUCAACACCCGUACAUACAACUCGCAGUCUGGAUUUUCUCUGCGCAUUGAUGGCACGAAGAAAACAACUUACCUCUACCUAGGUGACCAAUGGGACUCGAUUAGUCUUUGGGAGUCUCGUUACAUCUGGCUCCCUGUCGAGAUCGAUGAGGCCAAGAAGUCGCUCGAGGUCAAGUGGCACGAUGUCUACGAUCUGAACGUCAAGACAGGCGAGGUCAAGGCCAUCAAGGGCAAGACCUACUACGGCAAGGACGCUACAGUUACUGGUGGCGCUUUCAAGCAGGAAGCUGCUUUCGGCAGCCACGAGAUGAUCUUGACUGGUAUCGUCGGAAAUAACAGCAAGGUCACCUUCUCCGGCAUCGAAGGCCAGGGCAAGGCCCAAUGGGUCUCGUUUUACUAUCAAAACACUGACGAUAUGGGUUUCGGCGACCAGCCCGGAGGUACUCCAGACCGCAUUGGCGGUACAUGGCAACUGCGCCGUAUCGCGAGCGUCAUUGUCAAUGGCAAGGCCGAGCAGAUCGAGAGCUUGUACCAGAGAGACACUCACAAGGGCAUCGUUUUGAGCACACCGCUGCAGCUGCACUUGGACAAGGGGAGGAACAACACGAUUGAGAUUGGCGGAUUGUUCAACAACCAGACUUACAAGGGUGCUGACAUCGACCGCAUCGUCGUUUACCCACCAGAGGAAUGAGUAAUGGUGCUUAGAGUGCUUCAUGAUGGCGGAAAGUAAUGUGAACAUGUAAUGCCACAUGAUCCUGAUCUUCCAAGGGCUAUUGUAUCUUUCAACACUAAUUAAUAGACAGCACAAGCUUACA